AUGAAGCCAAGCCAGAUCCAUACCACCGCCCGGGACCUACCGUCCGAGUUCGAUGUCAACAUCGCUCGUUCCUGCGUUGUCAACGGAAUCGCCAGAUGCGUUCCAGGCGAUGUCUUCACCACGCUCCGAAGGCGGUUCGAGAUCCCGUUUCCCAUGGAUUCCGCAUUUGGCCACUCCGCCGCUAUCAAUUCCUCUCAACCUCGACCCAACAAAGCGCUCGGCCCCUGGCUGUACGAAGUCCAUUUGGCCACGUAUCACCAGCCUCAGCUUCUCUGUGCCAUUGCAACCAACGGCAUCAUCCCUCCCUGGUCCAACCCCGGCGCACGGCGUGGGGUGCGUCCCCUACCAGACAACUAUGGGGGGCGCCGACUUCUCGCCGAUUACUACAAGGGCCGCUGUUUGGUUGCGACCCUGGCUACGCUUCAACGGGACCCUGGGUUUCACUCAAGUUCGUUCGCUCUGGUGGCCAAGAAGGACAUUCCUCUCCACAUCGAUGGGCGCAUUAUCCAUUACUUGUCGGCGCCGCCUGGCGGUUCGAAUAAUUCGGAUGCUUCUCCUGACGCUACGUGGGAUCCAUUUGAUUCUAUCGCCCAACGCGUUCGCGACCUUCGUCGCAGGUACCCUGUGUACGCUAUCUACGCCAUGGUCGCGGAUAUCGUGGACGCGUUCCACCAUGUCCCCGUUCAUGCUGACCACGCGUCCGCUUUUGGGGGAAGAAUGCCGCGUUCCGAUCAUGGCAUAGUAUCCGGAAUGGCCGUCUUCGGGUGGACGUCGUCCCCUGGGUUCUUCGCGGUGUUCCGAAAAGCCGUCCGACACUACCAUCGCACUGGCGCAUCGAGUGUUCACAGCUAUUUGGAACCAUUUUGGAUAUUCCAGUGGGUGGACGACAUCGUCCUCAUCGAAGUUGACAUCGGCGACCGCCUUCAGAAGGCAGAACAGCGUCUCGGAGACGGCGUCAAACUCGUGUUCGGAUCAGCAGGCUGGCACGAAGGAAAGUUUACGACCUGGUCGCGCCGCUUCCACGCAGUGGGAUAUCCCCAAUGA